AAACUCGAGAUGUGCGAGCCUCGCCGAUGAACUCAUCAGCAGCAGGAAAAGCUGAAUGUGUCCCAAAUAGGAUGCCUCUUGGUCUUGGUUACCGUUACGUUUUAUGAGCAUAUCUCUUAUUUAGCUACUCAGCAUCAUGUCAAGAUAAGAUUAACUUCCUUUAUUCGACUUCUGUCGGUGAGAUUUUGACUGUAUGUAGCUGUAAUGUAGGCUACAGUUUAACAGUCUGCAAAAGUGUUUCAUGUCCCUGUUGACUUGCUUUAAAUUUAGCAUUAACAUUAGUGACAGGCUUGAAUUUGCGUUGCGAUAGCGGUAUCCUCAGCAAAUUAAGUUUACCUACAGAUUUGUUUGUGAUGGACUGGGAGGCUUUUUAUUUGGGCUGCUGAGCCCUGAAACUUUAUUCUCGUGCUGUGAAGACACUUGUGAAGAUUUGACCACAACAUUAGAAGCAUGAAGUGAAACUCUUCACAGAACUUCUCGUGAAUGGCAUGGUCCACGCUCAGGUGUAGGGAAUCUCCGAAAGAAUUUCGGAGCGUGCGAUAAAAGUAACAUCAGUUGAACAGUGCUAAGCGAAGAUGUUUUCUGAAGAAGCUAAUUUCAGUUACACUUCAAACGGCACGGAUGAGGACUUGCUAUCGGCGCUAGAUGACGACUGGAGCGACACUCCGGCUGAGAAACUGUCACGGACGGGACACAGUGUGGUCGCCGUUAUUUUGGGAUCUAUUCUGGUAUUCGGGAUCCUGAACAAUUUCAUCGUGCUGGUUCUGUUUUGUAAAUUCAAGACCCUGCGGACUCCUGUAAACAUGCUUCUGCUCAACAUCAGUGUGAGUGACAUGCUCGUCUGUCUGUUCGGAACCACGCUCAGCUUCGCGGCCAGUAUCCGCGGCAGGUGGCUGGUGGGGAAACACGGGUGUAUGUGGUACGGCUUCGUCAACUCAUGCUUUGGGAUUGUAUCAUUGAUCUCUCUGGCAAUCCUUUCGUAUGAUCGUUACAGCACUUUAACUGUUUACAACAAGAGGGCCCCAGACUAUAGCAAACCCUUGUUGGCUGUCGGGGGCUCCUGGCUGUACUCACUGUUCUGGACGUUUCCCCCCUUGCUGGGCUGGAGUACCUAUGGACUGGAAGGGGCAGGAACCAGCUGUUCGGUUACAUGGACGGCCAACACCCCGCAGUCACAUUCCUAUAUAAUCUGUCUGUUCAUUUUCUGUUUGGGAAUCCCAGUGCUGGUCAUGGUGUAUUGUUACAGCCGACUCCUCUGUGCUGUCAAACAGGUAGGGCGUAUUAGAAAGACAGCAGCACGGCGGAGAGAGUACCACAUUUUAUUUAUGGUCAUCACUACAGUGGUGUGCUACCUUUUGUGCUGGAUGCCUUAUGGGGUUGUUGCAAUGAUGGCCACGUUUGGACAUCCGGGAAUCAUCACCCCCAUUGCGAGCGUGGUGCCGUCCCUCCUUGCCAAAAGCAGCACAGUCAUCAACCCUGUGAUUUACAUCCUAAUGAACAAACAGUUUUACAGGUGUUUCCUCAUCCUGUUUCAUUGCAAACGCAGCUCUCUAGAGAAUGGACAGUCCUCUAUGCCUUCAAGAACUACAGGCAUCCAGCUCAACCGAAGGGCUUAUAGCAACACAGUGGCUGGCAAUGCACCUCCAUCCAUUGGUCUCCAAAAUGAGUGCAGCACCCCUGUCUCAGGCUAGACCAAUCCACACAAAAUCACACCUUGAUGUUCCAGCCCCAUUCUAAACCUACCUAUUGUCCCAAAUGAUGCCAAGACAGAAAUCAUCUGUGUAGUGUCGUCGAGUGCCUACCAAUCAAAAGUUGAAAAACAGAACUAUAGCAAAGUGAUCUCUAUAGUCGUCUUUGUGAUGACAAACUGUUGUCUGACCUAACACACACCAAGCAUUUGUAUGUGACUUGUCAAUAUAAAUGUUACAAAGAGCGAGAAAAGUGCAAACAGCCACUGGUGAUUUGUUCAAAUGGAUGUUUAGAUCAUGUGCUGUGCAGUACUUCUGAAUGUGCUUACCCCCAUGUUGUCUGUAUGUUCCCAACACAUUUAAGGCCAGGUCUGAAUAAGAGGUUGAAUAAAUCUGUGAAUUUUAAGGAAGCUGGAAAUCUGGUAAAAUCCCCAACACAUGACUGCUUUGUACUCUUUUUCUACCCUUCCCCUAAUCUCACCAUUAUCUGCUGGAGAUCAAGCAUGGUGACAUUUGGAAUAUUAGUCACAUCAUUGCUUCAAAUGAGUCCAGUGAUCUAAGACAGUAUUUCCAAACUUGGAAAUUCUGUCAAUUACUCACCCUCAUGUCAUUCCAAACUCUUAACUAAUUUAAGUGUCCUAUCUGGUUGGGUGAAUUCAGUACAAUGGCAGUAUUAAAAAGUAUAAAUAAUUUCCAUGUUUUGGUGUAAAACACUUAAA